CGGGAAGAAAACCCUGGACCAACUCUACUAAGACAAGACACAUGACAAUACUUUUUCGCCCUGUGUCGUCCUUGUUACAAACAUAUCUAAAAAGAAGUCAAAUUUAUUGAAUUAUUCAUAAAUAGUAUUAUUCUACAGAAUUAGAAUGGAUUUUAAGCGUAAGUGCGGGGUUAAAGUUUUCGUGUCUACGUGUUCGAUGCAGGUAAGUGAAUAUUAGGUAUCACUAUUUCCAUUAUAACUUUUGAAUUAAAUUUGUGCAUGCAUAUAUUGUGGGCUCACUUUCGACUAAGGGUAUUUUAAUACAGUUAUUUCUUAUUUCGUUAUUUAUUUAUUUCUGUUUUCAAAAUUUAAAUGGUCAAAGAUAUAUAUCUUGCCCUGGAGCUGCACUGGUUCGCCGCGUACAAGCCGGGCUCGCCCAUUGGCCAAUGUCCAACUUGAAAUUCAGUCGUAGCUGGUCGUCGUGACUUUCAUACUGAAACAUCUUUUCUCUCGCCUGUUUAACUGCAGAUAAACAUGCCAGCAAAUCAAGCAACUCUGAACAGACUUGAAGUCGUUUUGGCUCGACUGGAAACAGUAGCAGUAAAGCUUGGGAUCGAUAGUCCCGCUAAAAGAGGACAUGUCCAAAGCUCCGCGGAUAUCCUGUCUUUGGUGGAGCGACUAGAAGCCGCGGCAGAUAAAAUUGAACAGCAGUCUUCAGGUGGCGUAGGUAAAUGUAUUUCACGUCCGAAUAUCGUGUAAUUUUCAAAUUGGAAUUUGUAAUCUUGUCAUGAGUGUAAAAAUUGUCGACUAAAAAUUUAUUUUUCUUGUAAGGGUCUGGAAAAAUUGUCGAAUUCUACGAUGAGGUGGGCGCCGUUUAAAGUUUAUUUGAUCUAUGUCGAGUCUGCUUCUUUGCCAGCUUCAUUCAUUGAUUUAUACCAAUUACAUACUUCACAGAUUGUUUUUCUUACUGUUUUUUAGUUCCUUGGAGGGAAGCUAAAAACAUUUUUUAAGUUAUCAGAUGAGUUGGGAGGCGAUGUAAAAUCUCAGGUACAUGAAGAAUUCUCUUUUGAAUAAGAAGACAUUGCGUGACAUCAUGUUUUACGCUAAAUUAUAAAUAUUGUUGAUUUCAUUUUCCACGUUUAGGUCGACUUGGUCAAGAAACUCUUCCAAGCGCAAAGAGAAUUUUUAGGCAAAGCUUCAAGCACAAAAAUGCCUCCUAACGUAAGAAAAGUUUUUCUAAUAUUUUGUGUUAAGAUAUAAAUUUUUAUAUUUAAGAAAUAAACAGAAGCAUUAGCACACAUGUUAGUGCUUGGAUUUUAAAUUGUUAAUUUUUCUCAGCGACUGCGAUUGGCUCUUUUAAUCUAAGGACCUGUCACGCGAUAUCUUAACAGUAGUUUAAAGCCAUUUCCGGUUACUUGCUUUAAACUUUUAGCACUAUUGAUGGAAAAAAAGAAAGAAAGAAAACCGCACAAGCUUUGGUGAUCAAUGAAAACAGCUAAUUGUAAACGCGCGAACGAAACUCGAGCGAAACUGUAGAAGAGCGGUCCUUGCCAUCAAAACCUAGAACACAAACUCUUCAAUAUGGCAAGCUUAUUCAAGCCCCGCCAAGUUAAGAGCGGUACAUAUGUCAGUUUUGUUUGUAUUAGUUAACGCUUGAUUUCCUUUUCGAUAUGCGCUCAUAGACAGAGCCGGGAGCUUCCAUUUUCGCGGAAAAUGAGCGUGCCCUAAAAUGUAUCUAAAGAUAAACCGGUCCGUGACAACGCCGUGACUUAGGCCUAGUAUGGGAGUUGGUGGUUCAGGGUUAUGGGCUCCUGAAAAAAAUGAGAAUGCUAUGAGGAUGCAGAUAUUUUUCUUUCUUUAAGACACUGUUGAACAAUGAAAAAUAGCCGAUCAGGUCUUGGGGAUGAGUUAGUGACUUAAGUGAGCGAGUGAAAACAAAAAAAAUAGCCUGAUAAUGACGAGAGUAAUAGAAUGGUUUCCGCAGUUCAUAAGAGCUAUAGACUUUGGGGGACACUAAUUUCUACUCUAGACGAUAACUUCAAUAUUUCGUUAAACUGCGGUAUAAUUCACAGGACAAGAUUGCAGCAAUGAUACAGCCCACUGUGCAGCUUAGACAAGAAGUAGAGGUGAGGAAAAUUCAAAGUUUCGAAAAUUCUUUAUGAGUACAACAAGUUUAGUAACUAGACUUGCUAGACUUUUUAUCAAGACCGUCCCAAUUCUGCAUCAAGAAAACCACGAAUGAGUGAAUCGGAAAGAAGGACUUGUUCGCUUAUUUACAAACCUUACGUGAUGUAGUCAAGAGCAAGAUUAUAUAUCCUCUCUUGGUCAAUAGAGAAUGCCAGGAGAAUGCACACACCAGGCACACACUUAAAAAUGGGCUAGCUUGGUGAAUUUUUGCCCGGGAUCAGUUUAGGUUAAAUUGCCUAGCUACCGCCCCCCCCACCCCCUCGCCCCGCCUAAUUUAACGUUAACACUUACUUUUCACUUCGGGCGAAAUGUUGGCCUAGGGGAGGGGUAGGUGGGCAGUCUCCCAGAAACCUAAGACAACAGCGAUUGAAAGGAAGGGGCAACUGAAUUUUCGGCCCGUUUUCUCUGCGUUUUCUCAAUUCUUGAGCUUGCUAACAGGCUAGAGUUUAGUUGCAACAGAUCUAGAGCUUAAUCAAACUGAGAAAGAAACUUUUGCUCUUUGACGAAUCACUUUUUUUUUAAUAAGGCAUUCCGUGACAGGAACCGUAAGAGUCAGUUCUUCAAUCAUUUGAGUGCGGUCAGUGAAGGCACCGAAGCCCUCUUAUGGGUUGGAGCGGUAAGAACGAAGUUCAGUUUAUAUUUCUUUAAUUUUCAGAUUUUUGUAUUUAAUGAGGUUAUUUCCCGGGGCCUCCCAUAUGAAAGUGGCGGGGAUGCUCGCGGAAAUUUUAGAUUUAUUAAGAGACCAAUCUGGGCGUGGCCCAACCUUUUGUGACCUCUAAAAGACACAAUUUUAAACGUUGAUUACACGAUUCGAGUAAAUAAAACGUAUUGAAAAUACAUAGUUUUUUAUAUUUCUUCGCGUGCAACCCUAAAAGAGACCUUUACGGCUAAAUAAUGGCGUUUUGCCCAGAACACCCUGAGUGAGACCAAAAUCCGAAAUUUACACCCCUAACUAAGCGAGACGACGACAUUCCCGCCCCUUUCAUAUGGAAGUCCUCCCUGGGGGUUAUUUUCAGUUCACUUGAGGAAACGUCAAGAAAACAAAUAGACACUUAGAAGCCUUUCACUGACAAAUCCCGUCGUCUCCCCCUUCAGAAAGUUAAGAGGACGGUGUUAUGCAGUUCCAUCUUUCGAGCUUGCAUCUCUUUACUUAGCCUACGGCCCGCACCAAAAGUUAAUUUCCGUCUGCGUGUUCUUUAAACAUCCAGGAACAGACAAUCCGCGUCUUUUGUCGCGGAUUUGCCGCUCGAUUUUAAUCGCGCUUUUUCUUGCGAAGAGAGAAACAACCCUACUUUGCAUGCUCUGAAUCUUUAUAAAUUUUCCUCACCGGGAUUUCUCUCAUGUCAUGCGCUAUUAUUUUUUUCUCUUUUUAGCCUGGCAAGCCUGACAUUUUUGUAAGAGACAGGAAAGAUGGCGCUGUUUUCUUCACUAACCGAGUCCUGAAAGAUUUUAAACAGUAUGUCACAACACUAGAGCUUAUCAGUUAUUAUAAGAACACUAAAGGCUGUUUUUCACUACCGAUGGAGUCGGAGUCGUAAGCGGAGUCGUAAGAACUCCUAUGACCUAGUGAAAUAUAUAAUCGGAGUCGUAAGCGGAGUACAGUCAUAAGCGCAACGGAAUCGGAGUCAGACGAAUCAGAACGUUUCCAUUUCUUUCGACCUCCCCUUAUGACUCCGUCGCUUACGUUCCGCUUAUGAUCUAGUGAAAACUAGAUUGUCGGAGUUGGAAGCAGAAGCGGAAAGGAUAAACCAUCACAAUGCACGUUCCCACGCUUCAGAAUCGGAACGCUGUUUUCACUAGGUCACAAGGUCUACGAUCCUCUACUCUUCUGAUUACGACUUCGACUCCGAAUCCGACUUCAUCGCUAUUGAAAAUCAACCUUAACUUAGAAAAUUCUAAAACACUGCCUGGAAUGCGCUUCAAAUUUCGCAUAGAGGCAAGCACAAACCGCAUGUGACUGGUGACGAAGAGCAAUGGACAAUUGGAAGGAGAAAGACUGGAAAGGCGAAGCCCGUUUUUUCCGUCGGAGACUGAGCACGAGGGCCGAGGGAAAGAAACGUCUUUUUAUAAUGGCGGCCGCAGUCAUUAAAACAUCUUAAGUCAUUUUUUUUGAGGCCGCCAUUAUGAUUUUUUAUUUUGAUUUCUUCCCAGAGCCCUUCGGCCAGGAAUCCAAAACACGCUGAAUGGGCCCGAGAAAGAAACGUCUUUUUCAGUAAAACAUCGUCAUUUUUUUCUCUUUUUAUUUUGAUUUUUACAGGAAUUGAAAUUCGUACAUCGCAGCUUUAGUUGAAUUGCAGCGGUACUGUAAGGAGUUUCACCCCAUUGGCGUAUCCUGGGCUGCAGAGUAAUAAAUUAUCAUAAUCAUCAUAGAUAACCUUGAAGACUAGGACAAUAAAAAAACAUUACACUUCUAUUGCAUUUAAAAUAGACGGUUAAAGGACACCCUUUUUAGUGCAUUGUUGAGAGGGCAUAUAAUCGCGAAAAAUCUUUUUCUUAUGCCUCAUUCCCUCAAUAAGAGGACGAGGUUUCUCUUUAUUUCGUUUGCGCUUAUUCUUAUUAUUUUAAGAAAUUGCGUGUGCUAUAGUAACCAGGUCGCGUACAUUAUAACUCGAUGAAGCACGCCCGUUAUGUAGGUCACGUUCUUUAUGGCAAUGCAAACCAAUCUAAACGCGAGCAUUUCUAUGAACAUUAUAUGAUAUUCUUAAGGCCACGGUACACUUGGAGGCUGUCUUGUUGUUGUUCAGACUACGACACUGCUAAACAUGCAUUUUAUUUCAGUUUAGAACCCAAGGAUUUAGCUAAAAAACUGUCCACAAUU